AACCUCCCCCUGUUGUCCCCUGGAACAGGAAGAACUAUUCUCAGCAUGGAUGCUGAUCAGGCUCAGGCAAGUGCUCACAGCCCUUACCUCAACUCAUCUAGGGCACCUUUCCAAAAUCCACAUGCAGUCCCUGCUCCCCACCACCAGCUCUUCAGCCACAAUCUCCAAGGAUGGGGCCAGGGGACAAGGUUUGGGGAAUGUGCUUCAGGUAUGUUUCAUGCGUUGCCCUUCUUGAGCUCCAAGUGGCCCCACCAAGAUGGGGGCCUGAUCUUGGUGCCUGACACCACUCUGAGAAGAGAAAGCCCUGGGGUAGACGACUGUGCCCAGCUGUAGCCUCUGGGAAAUAAAGGUCAAUGUCCGUUGCCAGGGAGGCCUCGACACCAGGUCAACUUUAUGACAGAGUCACCAAAAUAGCCAGUAGCAUUGUCAGGGGGAGAAACAGGGUUGGCCCUUUGCUGGAUUAUCCAGGGACCAGCUCUUCAUUGAGGCUUUCCCUCACUUCCUAGCCUCCUCCCUCUGGGCAGUAGUAUGUGACUCUCCGAGCUCCUAGGACUGUUACCUUGUGUCAACCACAAGUGAGCCCAGUGCCAGUCCGAUCCCAGAAUAGACAUCAGUGCCCAUCUGUGAAAGGAGCUGCCACAGCUCCACCAUCUGCAGAGGGGUGCCUCCCCAUGCAACCAAACCCCAAGAGUGAUUGUUGGUGCCGAAGGCCAAAGGCUGUCAGGUGAUAAUAUAUGGUUUACACCCGCUGUUGGGAGGACUUCCUCAGGCUUCAUCCUGGGCAGAAUAGCCUGCGUGAACCCAGAUGGCAAACCCCAACAGCCUCUUCAUCCUCCUACUGGCCCAGACCAGCUGUUUGUACAGUGAGGCCUUAAAGGGUUUAGGUCUGCACCCCACUCUGGCCACUGGCCCAUCACCCUCUUCAAUGCCCUUGACCAAAAUUCCUGGAAGCAAAGGAAACAACAUGCCACACAGGGUCUGAGUGAGCAUCUCCGGGGCCACAAAUUAAAUUAAGUUCUCAGGGCUGCCUGCCUUGUUAUUGCUAAUGGCUCCAGCCUGUCCAACCUCCCCAUCCCUACCCAGGUCCCUGUCCUGCAGAAAUUUGGGGGUUCUGGGCACCCUCUCUUGUUCCCAAACUUUGAUUAGCACGUGGGGACCUCACCAAAAAUUAGAGCUGGGCACCCCUCUUACAGAGCACCCAAAAACCCAGGUGUAGGGAGAGAGGCCUGAGCUAUGCCCCCACCUUCAUGCCCUGGCUGCAGGCAGCAGUCACGUGUGGGGCCUUCAUUAGACCCUGACAUAUAAGCUGUGGGCUCAGGGUGGCCAGAAACUCUCCAGGCAAGGAUCCAGCAAGCAGAGGUCAUGCUGACUGCAGUGCUGCUGAGCUGGGCCCUGCUGCUGACACUUCCCCCUAUGCAGGAAGCUCAGAGGGGCUUGGCCCCUCUGGAAGGCAUCAGAAGGCCUGACCAGGCCCUGUUCCCAGAGCUGCCAGGCCUGGGCCGGCAGCCUCCACUGAAACGGACAAGUGCAGAACAGUCCAUAGAAGCUCUGCUACAGGAGGCUGAGGCCUUGACAGAGGUACUAGAUCCGGAGGGCCGCGAGCCACGCUCCCCGCGACGCUGUGUAAGGCUGCAGGAGUCCUGUCUGGGACACCAGGUAUCGUGUUGCGACCCAUGUGCCACAUGCUACUGCCGUUUCUUCAACGCCUUCUGCUAUUGCCGCAAGCUGGGUACUGCCACGAUCCCCUGCAGCCGUACCUAGCGGGCCGACAUGGGGUCGAGGCUGAACAGGGGUAGCGAAUAAAGGUUGGGACCAACCCCAA